CAAAAAAACAAAAAAAAAACCCAAAGGGGGAGAGAAAAAAAAUACAAAGAGAGAGAGGAAAAAGAGAGAGAGAGAGUAAUGAAGAACUUCACUUCACGGAUUCUUCUUUAAUCUUUAAGCCUUAAAUCUCUUUACAUUUUACUGUUUUACCAUCCCACUUUUCUUCCUUAAUAUUAUCGAAUCCAACUGGGAUUUUGAAUUUUUCGCCUUUUUAAAGAAAAAAAUGAGUCGAUUAGGGUUUAAAUCCAUGGUGUAUCAUGGAGACUUUUUUUUGGGUGAACUGAACACUAUCCCUAUCACGGACUCGAAUUUCCAGUUCCCGAAUAACGAGAUUCGUAUCCACCACAUCUCCCCUACCAGCGAACGAUGUAUUCCUCUUUCGAUUCUCCACACGAUUUCCUCAUUUCCCGUUCGUUGCAAGCUCGAAUCCCCUUUUCCCGUAGAACAGCCGCAUUUGAUUCAUCUUCACGCCUCUUGCUUUUACGAAUUCAAGACGGCGGUGGUUUUGGUUGGAGAUGAAGAGGUGCACUUAGUGGCAAUGCCGAGUAAACAGAAGAAGUUUCCUUGUUUUUGGUGCUUUUCGGUCUCUACGGGACUGUACAAUUCUUGCUUAGGGAUGCUUAACUUGAGGUGUCUCGCGAUUGUUUUCGAUCUCGAUGAAACGUUGAUUGUUGCCAACACGAUGAAGUCGUUUGAGGAUAGGAUCGAAGUGCUUAGGGGUUGGAUUGCGCGGGAGAGUGAUCCGAUUCGUCUUUCAGGGAUGUCGGCUGAAUUGAGAAGGUAUAUAGAUGAUCGGUUGCUGUUGAAGCAGUACGCGGAGAGUGAUUGUGUUGUUGAUAAUGGAAAAAUGUUUAAAGUUCAGAUGGAAGAGGUUCCACCUUUGUCUGAUGGCCAUGAGAAAGUUGUUCGGCCUGUGAUUAGGUUGCAGGACAGAAAUAUUGUGCUUACUCGUAUCAAUCCUGAGAUUCGGGAUACCAGUGUGCUGGUGAGGUUACGACCAGCGUGGGAUGAAUUGAGAAGCUAUUUGACUGCGAAAGGACGAAAGCGCUUUGAAGUAUAUGUUUGUACUAUGGCUGAAAGAGAUUAUGCAUUAGAGAUGUGGAGGCUUCUUGAUCCUGGGGCACAUCUGAUAGGUUCAAAACAACUACUGGACCGAGUUGUUUGUGUCAAAUCUGGUUCCAGGAAAUCUUUGCUAAAUGUGUUCCGUGAUGGCAAGUGCCAUCCACAGAUGGCAAUGGUAAUUGAUGAUCGUUCAAAGGUCUGGGAGGAUAAGGAUCAACCUCGAGUUCAUGUAGUUCCCCCAUUUGCUCCGUAUUAUGCUCCUCAGGCGGAGACAGCAAAUGCAGUUCCAGUCCUCUGUGUGGCAAGAAAUGUUGCAUGCAAUGCCAGGGGUUUGUUUUUCAAAGAGUUUGAUGAGAAUGUAUUGCGGAAGAUGUCUGAAGUUUUUUAUGAAGAUGAGGUGGUAAAUCUGCCUCUUGCCCCUGAUGUGAGCAACUAUUUGAUGUCAGAGGAAGCUAGUUUUGCUUCAAAUGGGAACAAUGGAGCUCCUAUCUGUGAAGGAAUGAACGGAGCUGAAGUUGAGCGGAGGAUGAAUCAGUCUGAGGAGAAGCAUGUUUUGGACUCUUCCACUCGUCCAGUUACAAAUAACCCUGAGUUGCGGUCUGAAACCUCUCAGCCUCCUGUUACAGAUAUUGUUGGUCCUGCAUCUUCAGUAGCACCAUUGCCUUCUCAGAAACCUAGUAUACUUGGAGCUCCUGGUCUGCUUUCAAAUCCUAUGAUGCUUGGAGCUUCUGUAAGAAGAGAUAACAACGGUAGUGAAGGUGAUUAUGACAUGAAGAGAAGAGCCCUUGGCAUAAAACAGAGUUUAGACUUAAGGAAUCAGAGCUCGAUCCAACCUCCACUCCUACCUAAAUUUCCGAUACAGACAUCAUCAUCAUCAGUAGUGCCUCAGGGAGGUUGGUUGGUGGAAGAAGACAUCAAUGAAUCGCAUCUAAAUGAUCGACCAUCAGGCACUACACAAGAAUCUGAUGUAUUAAAAUCUGAUAAAUUGCGAGGUUAUCAGAAUCCGUUUCCUCAUACAGCACCUGGUUCUGUUUCCACUGGUUUACCAUCGUAUGCAUCCCAAGUGAAGAUUGAAGAGGCACGUACUGGACUUGAUACACCGAAGCAGAAUGUUCUGCCUACUGCUCAUUUAUCAGAGAUAGGUGGAACUCAGAAUCAUCUGCCUUCUAUUACUAGAGAAUUGCAGUCUGAAGGUGGAAAAAUGAAUCUUCUACCCUCCCAUUUGUCGAUAGGUGUUCUACAAGAAAUUGGACGAAGAUGUGGUUCAAAGGUUGAGUUCAGGUCUGUGGUAAGCACCAGUAAGGAUUUGCAGUUUUCUGUUGAGGUUUUGUUCACUGGGGAGAAGAUUGGUGUUGGAAUGGGCAAGACAAGGAGGGAUGCUCAGCAGCAAGCUGCUGAGCUUGCUCUUCAUAAUUUAGCAGAAAAAUAUGUAGCAUAUAUAGCGCCUCGUUCGGGAGCUGUGGAUAGAGAUUUCAAUAAUCUCUCUCUUGGAACUGAAAAUGGAUUUCUAUGGGACGUGAAUCCUGCAUCAAAUGAAGCAAUAAAAGAAGGUUUUCCUAAAGAUAAUACUUCUGAGGCUGCUGAAGAACCUGGGAGUAAUUCAUCCAGUAUAGCAAAUCAACCAGUUGAAAAACGUGCGAAUUCUCCAAGAUUUUCUGAAUCUAUGCCGAGCAAACGGUCAAAGGAAGGAGUUCUGCGUCGAUUAGGAAGUAGUCUAUCAUCCUCACGGCAACCGAAAAAUGAGCAUACCAUUUCAUGACAAGCCAUGAGAAGGAUUUGAGAUGACAUGAAUUUUGCGUAGCAGAUACCAACCUUUUUUGCAGAAUUAGAAUUUAUAACUAAUUCUGAGGUAAAUAGAUCUCUUCUGGAAAUAUGGAGGCAAUCUUUAAAUUUUUUUAUCCUUUUUAACCUAACAUUUCCUGCAAUGUGUAUGAUCGAAGGCAGAGCUUUAUUCUCAGAUCACAAUUUCAAUGACCGAUACGAAUUUUUCGGCCCAAAUCCUAUCUCUUCUCUUCGGGUAAUUUACAUUCUAGAUCACUGAUAAUCCGACUUAAAAUGUAAAUUGUUUCCUCUUCUCUGCAUCUCUUCUUGCUUGCAUAUGCAUGUGCAAGUAUAUUUUGGUACUUGCAGAUUUGAUGUAUUCUCCUUUUAUACCAUUCACUGUCAAGAAGUUUCAAAUUCAUCGUGGAA